CGGCGGUUGCCUGGAGACUCGGUGACUCCGCCGAGCGCGAGCAGCAGCUGCAGGAGCCAUGGCGCCCAAAAAGAAAGGUGGCAAAAAAGCCAAGGGAGGCAAAGCUGCAGCGGUGGUGGAUGCUGUCCCCCCGGAGGACAUGAGCAAGGAUCAGCUGGAGGAGCACAUUGUGCGUCUUCGGGAGGAACUGGACCGCGAACGGGAGGAGCGCAACUACUUCCAGCUGGAGCGUGACAAGAUCCACACCUUCUGGGAGAUCACCCGUCGGCAGCUGGAUGAGAAGAAGGCGGAGCUGCGCAACAAGGACCGUGAGAUGGAGGAGGCCGAGGAGCGGCAUCAAGUGGAGAUUAAAGUUUACAAGCAGAAGGUGAAGCACCUGUUGUACGAGCACCAGAACAACAUCACAGAACUGAAGGCAGAGGGCACUGUGUCCAUGAAGCUGGCCCAGAAGGAGCACCGCACCCAGGAGACGGAGCUGCGCAAGGAUAUGCGCACCUUGAAAGUGGAGCUAAAGGAGCAGGAGCUGGCCAACGAGGUGGUGGUGAAAAACCUGCGCAUGAAACAAGAGGAGGAGAUCACGCGGCUGCGCAGCGACUUUGAGAGACAAGUGAAAGAGAUUGAGGCCAAGUACGACAAGAAGAUGCGCGUGCUGCGGGACGAGCUGGAUCUGCGGAGGAAAACGGAGAUUCAUGAGAUCGAGGAGAGGAAAAAUGGACAGAUCAACACGCUGAUGAAGAACCACGAGAAGGCCUUCAGUGACAUCAAGAACUACUACAACGACGUCACCCUCAACAACCUGGCACUCAUCAACACUCUCAAGGAGCAGAUGGAGGAGAUGAAGAAGAAGGAGGAUCACCUGGAGAAGGAGAUGGCGGAAGUGCUGCUUCAGAACAAGAGGCAAACAGAGCCCCUGCAGCGGGCCCGGGAGGAGGUGGCCGAGCUGCAGAAGAAGCUAGCCCACUACGAGAAGGACAAGGAGGCACUGGCUAACACAAAGGCCCGUUUGAAAGUCACCCAGAAAGAAUUAAAAGACCUUCAGUGGGAACAUGAAGUGCUGGAGCAGAGGUUCAGCAAGGUGCAGGCAGAACGAGACGAGCUCUAUCAGAAGUUCACCAAAGCUAUUAAUGAGGUGCAGCAGAAGACUGGCUUCAAGAACCUGCUCCUGGAGCGCAAGUUGAAGGCCCUCUCCAACAUACUGGAGAAGAAGGAGGUGCAGCUUAACGAAGUCCUCUCAGCCUCCAAUCUCGACCCCAGCGCCCUCACCAUGGUCACACGCAAACUGGAGGAUGUGCUGGAUUCCAAGAACAACACCAUCAAGGAUCUCCAGUACGAGCUGGCCCGAGUCUGCAAGGCACACAACGACUUGCUGCGCACCUAUGAGGCCAAGCUCACAGCCUUCGGCAUCCCCCUGGACAACGUGGGCUUCAAACCACUGGAGACCACAGUGAUGGGACAGACGCUGGGGCAGGGCCCAGCCGGACUCGUUGCUACCCCAACCUAGCACUGCUGGGCACGUGCUUGUCCAUCACCUCUUGGGUCACACUAAAUAUUGUCAGCAGCCUCCCCACGGGCUCCUGUCCCAGCACCGCAGGGAGGGGGCUGUGCUGUGGCGCUGCCUCAUUAAACAGACCCCAGAAAGGUUUUUAA